AGCUUUAACGAGAUUCCACAACAGAACAGAAGCUAGCUCCCGUUAGCAUUCAAGCUAAAUCCACCAGCAGGAGCGAGAUAGCUGCCUGGUUAGUUUCUGGAUUCGCAGUUUGUUGCUGUGGAGCCUUUGGAUGGACUGGUUGAAGAUUUGUCGCGUUGUUUUAUAGUUCCCCGGCAGUAUACGACAACUUUACACAAAGCUCAAGUUGCUUGAUAGCAAGCUAACCAUAGCACUAUCCAUCUAGUUAAGGAGCUAGCUAGUUGCACUGCCUGCCUUCCGCCGAGGUGCACUUCCCCCACUCUCCCUCCAGCCGGCUAGCCGCAGCGUUAGUCCGGUACAUAAAAUGAAGCGACCAUCAGCGUUUUGGGAAGCUGUGUGGCUCUUUGGAUUUUGCUGAUGUAUGAGGAGACGAUAUUGUUUUUGUGAGAUCUCUGUCAAGGAGGUCAAUAUCAAUACGGGGGAUGGACGAGCAGAAAUCAAACUGCGAAGAAAAUGAAUCUGAACCAACAGCUGAUGAUAAUGCCCCUACGAAGAAGCUUGUCUCCUCUGAGGAGGAGUCCAAAGCCCUUCCUGCUGCUGAAGACCUCUCUGGUGCUGCUUCAGCCCCGUCCAGCACACCUGAUGAGAGCGUUCGAGCCUGUGCGCUUUGUAACUGUGUGGAGCGGAGCCUGCACGGUCAGCGGGAGCUGAGACACUUUGGGCCAUCUUCUGAACGGCCGACCCUCAAGCCAUCAGCUUCCCUACUGCCACAGCCCGGAAAUGAUGACCUGUCUUCCAUUGGAUUUUCCGACUCCCCCUGUCUGGCAUCGUUCUUUGACGACUCAGGGGGUUGUUUGGUUCAUCACUGGUGUGCUGCGUGGUCGGAGGGGGUAAAACAGAUGGAGGAUGAGGAGCUGGAGAACGUGGAUAAGGCCGUUAUCUCAGGGACACAGCGGCUUUGCGAAUACUGCAAAAGGCUGGGUGCAACCAUUCGAUGCCAUGCUGAGGGCUGCUCGCGGUUCUACCACUUCCCCUGCUCGGCAGCCAGUGGAUCCUUCCAGUCCAUGAAGCAGUUGGUCCUCCUCUGUCCAGAGCACAUAGACAAGGCAGAGGAGUUGGCAGGUGAGGAGUCUUGGUGUGCAGUGUGUGACUCGGCGGGGGAGCUCACAGACUUGCUGUUCUGUACGGGUUGUGGCCUACAUUAUCAUGCGGCCUGUCUAGAGAUUGGUGCCACGCCUAUCCAGCGGGCAGGGUGGCAGUGCCCAGAGUGUAAAGUUUGCCAGACAUGCAGACAACCAGGGGAAGACUCCAAAAUGUUGGUAUGUGAUGCCUGUGAUAAGGGCUACCACACCUUCUGCCUCCAGCCAGCCAUGGAUUCUCUUCCUUCGGACCCAUGGAAAUGCAGAAGGUGUCGUGUGUGUACGGAGUGUGGUGUCCAUGGACAGGGGUUGCCAGGUUCGGCCCAGUGGUUUGACAACUACGCUGUGUGUGAGGGCUGCCAGCGGCAACGCAGCUCUGUGUGUGGCGUGUGCAGCAAAGCUGCCAACACAUCUGUCACUCUGCAGAGCUGCAGCAUGUGCCACAGAUGGGUGCACAGUGAAUGUUCUUCACCGGGGGAGCUUCCGGAAGCAAAGUGCAUUUGCCGGCUUUGCAAGGAGGGUCAGUUGCAGCCUGUCACUAAAUCACACACAGCAGAGAUACAAACCAGAGAGGCGUCUGAGGAGGCUGAAGGACACAUGGAUUCGUUGGAGGUGACAAUCCAAACAGAUGCAGACACGGUGACAGAAGAGAACACAGACUUAUCAGAGCUGGCGUCAGGGCAGAAAGGUUCAUCAGAGACGGAUCAGGACGAGGCCACGACUGAGGAAGAGACUCCCAUGAUCCUGGGGGUGGAGUCUGCAGUUGUUGAGACAACAGCCGAUGGGGAGAAGAUGAUGCAGGACAAGCCACAGGUAGCAACAGAAGAAUCGACUUCUGAGGCUCCCGCUGUUCAGACCGAGUCCACGGAUCGUGCAACAAAAGAACAGAGGGCUUCUUGUCUACCUGCUGAUGAAGAGAGAGUAAAAGAGGCAGUCAGCCAUGGGACUAAAGAGGCCCCCGCCCAGGCCCCUUCAGCAGAGACUCAGUAUGACAACCCUAAAGAAGAACCGUCACCGGUGUCAGAGCAGGGCGCUGAAAACAUGGAGGUGGAGAAGGAGGAGAAGCAAGAAACCACUCUAUCAGUGGAAACAGAAGUACCAUCAGAGUCAUUAGAAAAUGGCUCCAAUGGCACGCACGUCCCACAACCAUCCACUAAGGAUCCACCAAAGCUACCAUCUUCUCCUGCCUCUGUGGACAAAACGGAGCAUUCGCCUAUGGAUAAUCGACAAGAAAGGAGUCCAUGCCGGGACCCUCAGUCUCCUUCUCCUCUUUCUGUAUCAGGAGACACGCUAGAUGCCCUGUCGUCAAUGGAAAUGGAGGGGAGGUUACUACCUCACUCUGAGGAAGAGGACGAUGAUGACGAGUAUGAUGAGCAAAUGAAAGGAGAAGGUCUUAUUGACGACAUAAAGCAGGAACCUCGGGAGCAGGACGAUCUGUCCUACCUGAGCCAUGGAGACGAGAGCAGCAGUGGCUUUCUGGGCUCUCCGGGGGAACAAGACCCUCAGCUCUCCAUGGAGCUGGGCCGCUCGCACGGCGAUAACCUGCAGACUGAGACUGAUGACUCGCUUCCCUUCGAACCCCUCAGAAGCGACCGAGAGAAGGUGAAACGCCGAGGAUCCCCAGGCCGCUCACGGGUCAAACAGGGGCGAAGCAAUAGUUUUCCUGGGAAGCGCAGACCCCGAGGAGGCGGUGGAGGAAGAGGGCGGGGUGGCAGGUCUCGCCUCAAAGCCAUGGCUUCCUGCAUCGACGCUUUCUUGCUGAGCAUGACCACAGAAACUGGAGUGAGUAAAGAGGAAGACGAUGAGGAGGACGACACCAUGCAGAACACAGUGGUUCUUUUCUCAAACACUGAUAAGUUUGUCCUGCUCCAGGAUAUGUGUGUUGUGUGCGGCAGUUUUGGAAAGGGUUCAGAGGGGCAGUUGCUGGCCUGUGCUCAGUGUGCCCAGUGCUACCAUCCUUACUGUGUGAACAGCAAAAUCACCAAGACGAUGCUCCGUAAGGGCUGGCGCUGUUUGGAAUGUAUUGUGUGUGAGAUGUGUGGAAAGGCUUCGGAUCCCUCCCGCCUGCUGCUGUGUGACGACUGUGAUGUCAGCUAUCACACCUACUGCUUGGACCCGCCCCUGCACAAUGUUCCCAAGGGGGGUUGGAAGUGCAAAUGGUGUGUGUGCUGCGUCCAGUGUGGUUCGAACACCCCAGGUUUCCACUGUGAGUGGCAGAACAACUACACACACUGCGGCCCCUGUGCCAGCCUCGUCACUUGUCCAGUUUGCAGAGAGAACUUCAUGGAGGAGGAGCUGCUGCUGCAGUGUCAGUACUGCGAUCGAUGGGUCCAUGCUGUCUGUGAGAGUUUGUACACAGAGGAUGAGGUGGAACAAGCUUCUGAUGAAGGCUUUGCAUGCACAUCCUGCAGCGCAUAUGUUCCAAAACCCGUGGUAGUAGAGUCAGCAAUUAUGGCUUCAAUAAAGAUCAAAGAGCCAGAACCCCAGUUCUACCGGUUGGAGGGUGUGUGGCUGACAGAGUCAGGUAUGUCCCUGCUCCGCAGCAUCUCCAUGUCUCCUCUGCACAAGAGACGGCAGCGUCGCUCCCGUCUCGGCGCUCUGUGCUGUGAAGGAGGCUCUGACGGAAUGGAUCUGAGGGAGGGCGAAGAAGGAUGUGGGGAGCCCAUGGAAUGUGAAUCCAAAAUGGAGAACCCUGGGAGCCCUGACAGAGAAGGAGGUGCAGACGGAGGCCCUGAAGGCAUGGCCGACUGCGAUGGCGUCAAAGGAGGAGCCGAGGAGAACGAUGACAGCAAAAAAAGAAAGCGGAAACCUUACAGGCCUGGAAUUGGAGGCUUCAUGGUGCGACAAAGGAAGUGUCACACACGGAUGAAGAAAGAGUUUUUCGCACAGCUUGCUGGAGAGACGACAUUAGAUGGACAGCCAAUAGAGAGAACCAUUGACGAGGGACCUCACCCUGACACAGAUAACAUAAUGGAUCCUAAACCAGUGGAGGGCGAGGAACAGGCCAAGAAGCGACGGGGACGGAAGAAGAGCAAACUAGAGGACAUGUUUCCAUCUUAUCUCCAGGAGGCUUUCUUUGGGAAGACACUGAUAGACUUGAGUAAGAAAGCUGUGAUGAUACCUCCAGGGCAGCGGCCAGGCGCUUGCCUUGUCCGACCUUCAUUACCAGCACCGCCGGGGCUCAGAGCUACUGCACCAGAGGCUGAAGAUCGUGUGGUGAAAGAAUAUUUUCUUCUCAAGCAAGAGGGGGGUGAUGGCCCCCAGGCUCAGGGAGAAGGUGCAGGAGUUUCUGCACCGUCCUCAUCACUGAAAGACCAGGCGUCGACUGAUCUUCAUGACUCUGAUGCAGAAAAGAGUGAAGGUCUUCCGUUAGGGGUGGAGAGUCAGGACUCGGAGCAGUUCUUCAGGAAGGUUCUGGGAGUGUCAGACGGCUCCUCUUUGGGGGGCAUGAAACCCAUCUUGGAGGGCAGUAAGGGAGAACUCAAUCGUAGCGCUCUGCCGCAGAGAGCUCUCCUCUCAGGGUCCCUGCCCUCCGCUGGAAUGAUGGAUGCUUUUCCUGGCCUCUCACAGUCCCCAUUCUUUGAUAUGCGGGAGCGAGGAGGAUUGUUCAGUCCAGAUGGAAGUGAGGAAAGCGUCUGGGCCAAUUCCUCUACCCCAGCUACCCCUUCCUCCCCACCGACCCCCACUGAGGGAGAAGGUGAUGGGCUGUCCUACAACCAGCGCAGCCUCCAACGGUGGGAGAAGGACGAGGAGCUGGGAGAACUCUCAACCAUUUCCCCCGUGCUUUACGCCAAUACCAACUUUCCCACUCUCAAACAGGACUACCCAGACUGGGGUAAUCGCUGUAAACAAAUCAUGAAGGUCUGGAGGAAGGUUUCCGCUGCUGACAAGGUUCCAUAUCUGCAAAAGGCCAAAGAUAAUCGAGCAGCUCAGAGGAUCAACAAGGCGCAGAAGCAGGCAGAGAGUCAGGUGUGCAGGCCGGUGAAGACGGAGGGAGUGCGUGUGAAGACGGAACGGCCCAGUUUGCACCUCCAGAUCCCUCCACCUUCAGGCUCUACAUCCAUCUCUUCCCAGCCCAGCUCUGCAGAAAGUCCAUUUCCCUUCCCUCCAGAUUCAGGAUCCUCCUCUGUCUUUUUCUCAGACGGGCCGCUUAGGACUCCGGGUUCAGCUGAAAUCCGGACAGAUCCCUUGGCCAAGCUUCCUCCUCAGUCACCUCAUUCUCACUCUCACCCAACCACACCUUUUCCCCAUUCUGGGGCCAGCCCUUUACAGGCCUCUUCCUCAGGUUAUUCCGCUUCCGGCCCACAGGGUCCUCCUCAGGGACGGCCAGCCAGUCUUGGCCCCUUUGACAUGCAACCAGGAACUCCUGGAACCCCCAGACGGGCUCAGCUGGUUGACCCCUACUUCAGAUCCCAGCUGCAGCAGCAACAGGGUCAUCUGCCACCAUCACAGCAAGGCUCCCAGGAGUCCCUCGGACAUCCAGAGAGUCCACAUUCAAGAGGUUCAGGGCUUGGGGAGUCGCCAAUAUUCUCACCACCCCACAAUACCCAUUACGGAGACCCUUUCAGAAAUCAGCAAGGGAUGGGCCGGCCUGAAUAUGGUUCCUCCCCAUCACCCUCUGCAGUGGCUUCCUCCCCUGUAGGACAGUACAGGGCUGAUAUGAGUGUGCCCUCUCCCCGCUCCUCUGCAGCGGGACGGCCUGACCUAUCCACUGGCUCUCCUGCUGGGAUGCUGGACUCCGGGGAUGGUUUGUUCAAGGCACCUAUGACCCCACGAAUGCACCAAGGGGAGGCACAUCCUGGAGCAUCUCCAGGACACCCCUCUGAUGGCUACAGGCAGUCUCCUUCCCACUCUUUCUCUGACCCCCACGCCCAGUCACCACUGACUCCCAGGCCGCAGUCAGCCGACAAUUGUUCUCUCGGACCCCAGAGACAUCCUGUUGGUCCACAGGAACUGUGCUCUCGAGUUCCCUCCAGCCCAAAUUCCCAGGGCAGUUCUCAGUCUCCCCACACUCCCGGUGGCCUGUCCAAUGAUGCUUACUCUGUCCAUUCUCCUGCUACGCCUCGUUUCCAAUCCCCGGACCCUUGUUCCCAGCCACCUUCAAGGCCACAAUCUAGAGACCCUUUUGCUACUCUCCACAAACCCCCUCGCCCCCCUUCUGUUGCCCCGGAGGGAACAGCAAGUUACAAAGGCUCACCCAACCCUCACCAGCCACCUCCACCACAUCCCACCAACAGUUCCAUAGGGGACCCUCUCUCUGGUAAACCGUCAGCACCUCUUGCUUUCAGCCGCAGCCCCAGCACGGGGGGCUUCCAAAUGACCCAGCAGCAGAGUCAGAUGUUACAGGGCCAGCUUCAGCAACAACAGCCACAAACUCAACAGACAGACGGCUUUAGCUCCAGGGGGCCAAACCUCCCUCCAGAUGCACCUCAGCAGCCUGCUCUGCCGGGUACUCCCGAAAUGCCUGACAUUUCAGCAGUUCAGGACCCUGCCUUAGUAGGCCUCAGCCCCUCUGAGCUGGAGAAGCACCGACAGCGCCUCAGAUUACGGGAAUUCUUAAUCAGACAAAAGAUGCAGAGAAACACCAUCAGACAAGAGAAGGAGGCUGCUGCAGCGGCUGCUGCUGGCAGUGGAUCCCCUGGCUGGUCCGGAGGAGAGAUGGGAGCCUUUCAACAAGACCAGCCCCACAGAGCACCACCACCUUAUCCACAGGAUCGUGUCGCUGCUGCUACUGCUCAGGCUUCUAUGACAACAAAGAUGCCUAUGACUGGAGGCAUGGAGGUCAUUCGCCCUCCACCUACAGGAACCCCUGCCCUCAUGGAUUCUAAUGCACUAAGGCAACCAGGGCCCAACAGACCUCAGGGCAUGUUUGUUCGUCCACCAUUCCCUCCUCAGUGGCAAGGCCAGGCUCAAGGCCCUAGGAGGUUCCCCCCCAACAUGCAGGGUAUGGAAGGCAUGGGCAACCCUCACGCCAUGAUACCAGGACAUGCAGGAGAGACCAUGCAGUCAAUGGGUCAAGGACCCCCACCACAGUUCAUUGAAUUGAGACACAACUCACAAAGACUACCCCUACGACCUCAGUUUAUGCCCCGUGGACCCCAGCCCAGACAACGCCACUUUGUCCCUCAGCAAGAGAUGGCAGCAUCUUUUGUUCAGCAACAUCCCAUGGGACCAGCUGGUGGCAUUCAAACAGAGGGGGGCAACAACCCACAUCUUAGGUUGCAGCAGGGUGGGCUUCCAGCUUUAAUGCCUCAGUCAACAGGCCACAUGACACAACAGCCCCACCUGCAGCACCAGGCAGCUACUUCCAAUACAAGCAUUCCGAGCACGGAGCAGCAUCAUCUCCAGCAGCCCAGCAUGGGCACACAGUCCCAGCCUGCCACAGCAGUCAGUAGUGAGGAACUGCCAGAGCCUGACCUUGAGGGCCUCGGGGAUGCUCCAGGGGAUGGAGGUGUGGAAGAUGAGGAUGAUUUGGCUCUGGACUUGGACCCUGACAAGGGAGACGAUGACCUGGGCAACCUGGACAACCUGGAGACAAAUGAUCCACAUUUAGACGACCUGCUGAACAGUGACGAGUUUGACCUGCUGGCUUACACUGACCCUGAACUGGACCAAGGAGACCCGAAAGAUGUUUUUUCAGACCAGCUGCGGUUAGUGGAAGCAGAGAGUGAAGCACCUGCGUCUUCCUCUGGAUCUGCACUUGUUAAAGGGGAAGGAAAAGCCAAGUUCGAGCCAGGGCAGAAGUGUCUCACAACAACUAGUGUUACUGCAAGAGGGCCUGCUGCCCAACUGCCACCCUCUGCAGACACAUGUGAUCUCUCCAAAGUCAAAGUAGAGGACAGAGGCCAGACUCAGACUCAUCCAGGACAGACUGUGGUAAAGGAUGAAUUUGGAGAGGCUGUGUCCAUGCUUCUUGGUGGGACCACACAAUCUUCCAGGCCUGCACAACCAGAAAACCAGUCAGCCUCGCUCAGUUCUGUUCGGUUAGGGGGACUUCAGUACCCGCUCCAAGGACAAGCUGGUGGAUUGCCUUUUCCUUCAUCUGCUUCACAUGCAGGUAUGAAUGAUGAUCCACUGGGGCUGCCAGAUGUAGGUGGACAGCACUCCACUGCUGUAGAUUUGGCAAAGGUAGAGAGCUCUUUAGAUGGCGAGCUGCCCCUUCUAAUACAGGAUCUGCUGGAGCAUGAGAAGAAAGAGCUACAGAAGCAGCAGCAGCAGCAGCAGCAGCUCAGCUCCCUCCACCAGGGAGGCAUGGCGCCGCAUUUUCCUGGCAUCUCAAGUCAACAACAGCAGCACCCUCAGGCCCCGGGGCAGAUAAUGCUGCCCCACCACCAUCGUCCACCACCACAAGGAAUGAUGGCUCAGCCAGGGAUGAUACCCCGUGCUCGCCACAUGAUGCAGCAGCAGCAGCAGCAGCAGCAGCAGCAGCAGCAGCAAAGACUUAUGGGAGCUGGAAUGGCACCUCACAUGAACAUGGCCCAGCAGCAAGCUAUGGUGAGGAUGGGGCAGCCAGGGAUCCACACAGGUGUCAGUCAUCAACCGCAGCCGCAGCCUGGGGUUAAACCGCCUCUGGCCAACAACUUCUUCCCAGACAAAGAUUUGGACAAAUUUGCUACUGAUGACAUCAUGGAUCCAAUUGCCAAGGCAAAGAUGGUGGCACUGAAGGGUAUCAAGAGAGUGUUGGCACAGGAUCCAAUGGGUGUUCCCCCUGGCAUUAACAGCAGUGCAGCCCUGGUCCCCCUGGUCCUCACAGGAUUCUUCCCACAGCCUUGGAUGCAAGUGCAGACCCCAGGCUUCUCAGAGAAGCUCGCUGUGCAUGGCAAGCUCAGCGCACAGCACAGGUCAUGCAGCAGAGCAUAUGAGCAUGGGAAACCAACAGCCUCAGGUUCUUACCCAGGUCAUUCUGCCCAGGCGACCCCUCCUCACAUGUUUCCCAAGAUGCCUGGCCAGAUGAUGAUGGGCCAAUCGGGAGCACCAGUAAUGGGCCAGCAUCCUGGUGUGAUGCCCCAAGGUGGAAUGCCUGUCAGGAUGCCUCAAGGGCAACCUUUUGUUGGUGGAACCCAACCCCAGAUUCCUGCAACCAUGGGAGCCAGCAGUGCCAGGGCCCCUGGUCCCCCUGGUCCUCCACCAGGAUUCUUCCCACAGGGGCCUGGAAUGCAAGGUGCAGACCCCAGGCUUCUCCAAGAAAGACAGCUUCAGCAUAGGAUGCAAAUGGCAAAGCUCCAGCAGCAACAGCAGCAACAGGUGAUGAUGGGGCAGCAACCGAUGCCACACCCAAAUCAACAGCCUGGCUUAGUUGCUCAGCCACCGCCCGGCAUGAUGGGGAACCCUCUUAUGGCCCAACAGCAAGCUAACCCUCAGCAGGGAAUGCUAGUCAACCAGGUCAACCAGCAGAGUAUGGUGCAUGUUCCACAAGGAAUGGUUGGAGGCCAGUCUGCGGCUCAACUGCCUCAGAACCUCGCAGGAGGCCAGCCCAUGAACCAUGCCCAAGCUAUGAUGGCAGUUCAGCCAGGGAUUAUGGGAAACCCGUCUGUUGCGCCAUCCCAGCAACAGAGGCCUCAGCUCAUGGUGGGUCAGCAGGGAAUGGUUGGUUCUCCAGGUCAUCCUGGCCUUAGGGGUCCCCACACCCAAUUGACUCCACAACAACAGAGCAUACUGGCCCAACGCAUGGUGGCCUCUCAGCAACAACAACAGCAGCAGCAGCAACAUGUUGCAAAGAAUAUGGCCCAUCUUCAGCAGCAACAGAUGGCACAGCAACGACAAGCACAGAUGAUCAGUCAGUCCAGCCAAGAGCAGGGAGUUCUCUCCCAACCCCCCACCCCACAGAUGGGCUCCUCGCCUUCAGCAGGGAGCAUCACGCCCCAGCCACAGGCGGUUACAGACAACCAAAACUCAGGACCCAAAGAGGCUGGGAUCCUCAGCCCUGAUUCAAGAACGCCACCACAGCAUAGUGGACCCUCAACACCCAAUCAGAUGUCCCAGCUGGGCUCUGAUCAUCAGAAUGACUUGGGGCGACAGCAGCUACAGCAGCAUCAGAACCAGAUGUAUCUGACCCAGCAGCAACAGUUAAAUCCCCAGGCUGCACCUGAGCAACAAACGGGUUUAGUUGAAAACCAACAAACUGCUGUGCUUCAGCAACAUCAGCAACAACACGCGCUCACUGUCCAAAGGGAAGGGUCCCUCGGUGUUGACAAGCCCAUGAUGAUGACCAUAAAGGAGGAAGUGAAGCCAAUUGAAUUCUUGGCUCAGCAACAGCAAGCAGGUCAGAAUGCCAUGCAGCAUUCACAAGACCCCAACCUCCAGCAGCAGAUCAUAGGCCAGAACCAUCCUGGCCAGCCACAGCCUGUUGUGAUGGGUCAUAAUCCGCAACAACAACAACAACAACAACAACAAGCCCUCAUGGCCCAGCAGCAAAAGCAACAGGCCAUGAUGGGCAUGAUGAGAGCCCAGCAGCAAGGGAUGAUAGCGCAGAGGCCUGUGGGUCCACCUGGACAGAUCCGCACCCCCAUCAACAUCCAGGCCAUAAUUGCUCAGAACCCCCAGCUUCGGAAUCUUCCUCCAAACCAGCAGAUUCAGCACAUCCAGGCCAUGAUCGCCCAGAGGCAGCUCCAACAGGGACAGGUGUUGCGGAUGUCAAUGGGACAAGGUCAGGUGAGGCCUAACAUGCCACAGGGACAGAUGCCACAGGUCAUGCAGCAGAUGCCAUAUGGAGCCAUGGGGAAACCAGGAGCAGUGGGCCCUCAGCAACAACCAGGCAUGUUGGGCCCUCAGCAACAACCGGGGAUGUUGGGCCCUCAGCAACAACCGGGCAUGUUGGGCCCUCAGCAACAACCGGGCAUGUUGGGCCAACAACCUGGUGUGGCUCCUCAAAUGCAGCAAGGGAUGAUGGCCCCUGGGCAACAACAGCCACAGGUGGGGGAGAUGAUCCAGCAACAUAUUAUGAGAGGCCAGGGGCCAGUGCCGCCUUCCCCCAUGGAUCAGGGCCGUAUGGUAAGACCAACAUCUCCUUGUCAGCCAAUAGCCAACUCUCCUGGGCACCCAUUUAAUCCAGCUAUGGGGAUGCGCCUACCCACUCCCAACCAGAACCAACAAGCACUGAUGGCAGCAGGCCGCAUGCAGGGUUCUCCAUCCCAUGCAUAUUCACCAAGAGGGCCCUUCGGCAUGAGCCCAGCCCACCCGGCCUCACCUCAUUCAUCGCACGUCUCUUCACCUUCUAUAGCGGACAGUAGGGCUGGAAGGGGGAGUCCGUAUAGCCAUGUCAAGGCAUCUCCACUCAGGUCACCUGGAGCCAAGAGUCCUCUCGAUUGUCCAGGAAUGAAAAUGGAAGCUCAGACAUCAGGACAUGAAACGUCUCACCCGGCCUCAGUUAUUCCCAACGGUCCACAGAAAGUCAUGAAUGUUCAGCAACAUAUGCAGCAGGUCCCGGAGAGCCAUGGCCCUCACACACAACAUGGCUCUAGAGCAGGGGAGAUAUGCAAGAUGACCCUACAGAACAUUAAACAGGAACCAAGGGAGUUUCAGUGUGACGGUGCACCAGAGGCUCAUUCUGGGGCUAUAAAGAGAGAGGCAACGGGGGAGGCAGUUACUUCUGGCUUUAUCAAUGCUGGAGAUCCUGGGAGUCAAGGCCCUCGUGCUGAAACUGGACAGCAACUACUACAGAAACUCCUGAGAACCAAGAACCUUCAGCUUGGUGCCCAGAGGCCCUCUGAAGGAAUCCACAAUGAAAUAAAUGGCCACAUUAACAGUAAACUAGCAAUGUUGGAGCAAAAACUUCAAGGAACUCCACGAAAUAUGGAGGAUUUACAGUCUAUAACCAAAAGGUCUCCUGUACAAAAGCCAAAGCGCACUAACAAGGCAGCUGGAGACCGGGGGCCUAAUGCACGGAAGAAGAAUAAGAAGGAAGAUGUUGGAAAAAGUGCUGAAGCCCUGUUAAAGCAACUCAAACAGGGUCUCUCGCUACUGCCCCUGAUGGAGCCUUCAAUCACUGCCAGCCUGGAUCUGUUUGCCCCUUUUGGAAGCAGCCCAGCCAAUGGCAAAGCCCAGCUCAAAGGAUCCUUUGGAAAUGCAAUGCUGGACAAUAUCCCCGACUAUUAUUCUCAGUUACUCACAAAGAGUAACCUUAGCAACCCACCAACACCUCCAUCCUCUUUGCCACCUACUCCUCCGCCUUCAGUACAGCACAAGCUGCUGAAUGGAGUGACUCCUGGGGAGGAGCUGUCUGAGGGUCAGAAAGACACAGACACAGCAGAGGAGCCAAUGGAUGCUGUGAAAGAGGAGGUAAAGAGUGUAGACAUCCUAGCGGCUCUCCCCACCCCACCACACAACCAGAAUGAGGACAUCAGGAUGGAGAGUGAUGAUGAGGACGCUCCAGAAAGCAUCAUCCCGGCAUCUUCCCCUGAGAGUAACGUAGGAGAUGAAACGCCACGGUUCCCUCACCUACGGGAGCCCAAAGAGGAGGAGACGGAGAGAGCAAUAUCCCCAAUCAUCCCCCUCAUACCUCGCACUGCCAUCCCAGCAUUCCCUGAAAACAAACCAUUUGAAGCAUCUGAUAGCAAAGUAGUCUCCACCACCAACAACUGGGACAAGGCAAAAAACAACGAGGUGGCAGUGACCUUCACACUGUCCUCUGGUGCAGCCAAGAAACUGAACCACGUCAUGCUGGCCAUGGCCCAGCUGCUUAAUAUACGGAUGCCAGGUUCUUAUGAGGUGACUUUCCCGACCCAAAACCCUGACCUGUCUGGAGUGGAUGGGCCUGGAAAAGGACCCGAGCAGUCAGGGGCUUUGUGUCCAAAGGACGGUGCUUCACUCAGUCAGGAUGAGUGGCUCAGGCAAUUUGACGUUUCUCUACCAGGCUGUACGUUGAAGAAACAAGUGGACAUACUGGCUCUUAUAAAACAGGAAUUCCAAGACGGAGAAGACAAACCGGCUCUGCACUGUUACACAACCAAGGUCUCUGACCUAGAUGUUCGCCACCUUCCUGCUAUUCCAGUGGAAGAAUCUCCUCCUCCAUCGCCUUCCCCUCCACAUCCUCCUCCAUCGGUCUCAGCUCCACCUUGUGAAGCCUUCAACAAAUCAGCUUCUCCAUCGCCUCCUUCCUCCAGUCCCACUCUUGUCCAGAUCAAGAUCAAGACUGAACCUGAACUGGCUGAUGCUCCUCCUAUUGAUGCUGCUCAACCAACUGAUGUCACAGAGGCUGGUGUUGCUGCUCCGGAGUCUAAAGAGGUUUCUCUAGAGUCUCAGAAGGCUGCACCACAGUCUGAAGAUUCUGCUCCAGGAUCUGAGGUUGUUGCCUCAGGAUCUGAAGUUGCUGCCUCAGGAUCUGAAGUUGCUGCCCCAGGAUCUGAAGUUGCUGCCUCAGGAUCUGAGGUUGCCGCUCUAGGAUCUGAGGUUGCCGCUCCAGAGUCAUUCUCUGAUCCAGCAAUGGCCUCUGAAGGUCCAGUUCUUACUGAUCCUACUGCUCCUUCUGAAGAUCAUCUGAGCCGUGCUAUCAAGGAGGAGAACUUGGCCACUGAACUUGAUCAACCAACUAAAGAUUCUACAAACAUCAUGGAGUCUUCCCCAAAGGCUAUCAAGCAGCGCAGGCCGCCCUCCCCUGAUGAGGUGAUACAUCCCAAACAGAAGAAAUGGAAGGGGAUUCGCUGGAAGCGCCUUCAGAUUGUCAUCACGAUACGUAAGGGUGGGUCUAAGAAAGAGAGCAGCCGCGAGGUGUCGGAGCUAAUGGAACGCCUUCGCAUUACUCUCCGACCAGACAGGCUUCCUCGAGAUAAACGUAAAUGCUGCUUCUGCCAUGAGGAGGGUGAUGGAGCCACAGACGGGCCCGGCCGGUUGCUUAACAUUGAUGUUGACUUGUGGGUGCACCUCAACUGUGCCCUGUGGUCCACAGAGGUGUAUGAGACGCAGGGCGGUGCCCUUAUCAAUGUGGAGGUAGCGCUGCGUCGCGGACUACGGACUCUUUGCGCAUGCUGCCAGAAAACAGGGGCCACGAACGGCUGCAACAGAAUGCGCUGCCCGAAUGUGUACCACUUCGCCUGCGCCAUUAGGGCCCGCUGCAUGUUUUUCAAGGACAAGACCAUGUUGUGCACCCAGCACAAACUGAAGUGCCCCAGUGAAGAUGAACUCGCCAAUUUUGCUGUUUUACGACGUGUCUACAUUGAGCGUGAUGAGGUGAAGCAGAUUGCCAGCAUCCUACAGCGAGGGGACCGUAUCCACCUGUUCCGUGUUGGUGGGCUCAUCUUUCAUGCUGUUGGCCAGUUGCUACCAUCCCAGAUGGCCAACUUCCACUCAUCCACGGCCAUCUUUCCUGUUGGCUAUGAGGCCACACGCAUCUACUGGAGCACACGUGUGCCCAACAAGCGCUGCCGCUACCGCUGCCGCAUCAACGAGGAUGAUGGCCGCCCUCUGUUCGAGGUGCGUGUUCUGGAGCAAGGCAUGGAGGAUCUGCAGUACCGUGACACUACUCCAGAAGGGAUCUGGGAGCGGGUGGUUCAGCAGGUGGCUCAACUCCGAGAUGACUCAUCCAUGUUGAAGCUGUUCACUGAACAUGUCAAGGGAGAGGAGAUGUAUGGCCUCACAAUUCAUGCUGUCAUGCGUAUCACUGAGUCGUUGCCUGGGGUGGAAAAUUGCCAGAACUACCAGUUUCGAUACGGCCGUCACCCUCUGAUGGAGCUCCCUCUCAUGAUCAAUCCCACUGGCUCUGCUCGCUCUGAGCCCAAAGUUCCCACACAGAUCAAGAGGCCUCACACUCUAAAUAGCACCAGUGUGUCGAAGGCCUACCAGAGCACCUUCACUGGAGAGCUCAACACGCCGUACAGCAAGCAGUUUGUCCACUCCAAGUCUUCCCAGUACCGACGCCUGAAGACUGAGUGGAAGAACAACGUGUAUCUGGCACGGUCGCGCAUUCAGGGCCUGGGGCUGUACGCUUCCAAAGAUCUGGAGAAGCACACGAUGGUCAUCGAGUACAUCGGAACAGUCAUACGCAACGAAGUGGCCAAUCGGCGUGAGAAGAUCUAUGAGGAGCAGAACCGUGGGAUCUACAUGUUCCGCAUCAACAAUGAGCAGGUGAUCGAUGCCACUCUGACAGGAGGUCCAGCUCGGUACGUUAACCAUUCCUGCGCCCCGAACUGUGUUGCAGAGGUGGUCACGUUUGACAGAGAAGACAAGAUCAUCAUCAUUUCCAGCCGCAGGAUCCCCAAGGGGGAAGAGCUGACCUAUGACUACCAGUUUGACUUCGAGGACGAUCAGCACAAGAUCCCUUGCCAUUGUGGAGCCUGGAAUUGCCGAAAGUGGAUGAACUAACCAGAAGAAAGAAAUGGCGAAUUCCCCUCUCACUGGUGCCAGAACACUCCUGCGCCAAAGCCUUUGAAUCCUACAUAGCCAGAGCAUAAGCUGUUUUGAAAGAUGUGGAGGAAGGCCGGCCUCCAUCACUGAAAGACUAAAGCGUUGACACCUGUAGCCAAAGGUUUGAAGAGCAUUAAUCAAUAAAAGCAACCGACCUCCUCCAUCAACAGCAGCGUGAUGGUGGGACUUACUCUCAUGUUUGGACUAGUGAAUCACCUUUUUCCUCAGCCAAAACCCUUUCCCCCCCUCGACUGUUCUUAAUACUCUUACAGUGGCUGGAAUACAAUCCUCAACAUCUACCAAAUGAUUCUGACCCUCUGGUAUCAAUACUCGUAGUGGAGAGCUCAGCUGGAGCUUCGACAAAAAGCCAUUUUAAAAUACUAAGAAUGAACUAAUGAUGCAUUUUUAUGUUUUAAGUCGGACCUAUUUCCUGUCCCACCUGACCACACCUCCCCCUCAUCUCCCAGAAAAGGCACUUUCCCAUCAAGUCAUCAAUGAAGACAACAAGGAUAUUGGCUAGCUAGACAAUCUUGAUGUGGCUCUGUGUAAGAACUACAUAUGAUCGAUGGAAAAAAAAGAGAUGAAAGUUAAUAUAAAAUUUGAGAUGCUAAUGAUCUGUGGCUCCCGUGGCACCAGAUGUUCUGACUGUGUGGAGUCCCAUGGUGGGUUAGUUGGACCCAGUCUACCUCAUUGAUUUAUCGGGAAGCGACUGCUUUGUAUAAAAACUGUUAACUGCUACUGUGGAACGGGGGGGAAAGGGGGAAUGUUUUUAUGGGCUAAGCCUUCUCGGACAAGCAGGGAAUCUUAAGCAGCAGGUUUGCUCUAUCUACUCUAUGCUGAUGAUGAUUUACAAUAAUGAGCCAACAUAAUUAUUAUUCAUGAAUUGUUUAUACAGAGGAAAUAUAUGACAGUUUUGAUAAGAUAUUGCAUUAAAAAUCACAAUCAGAAGCUUAGCGGGUGUCCUGUAUGCCACCAGAUCCUCCUGGAUGUAGCUUUUUCUUCUUUUUUUGUUCUUUCUAUUUAUGCGUCUCAAAAAACCACGUUAUGAGCUGUGUGAAAGCACAAUGAUAUCCACCUUUUUAAGUUGCUGAAAGACAGUAAUGGUGUGAGUGAAUGGCUCUAGGAUCACAGGAUUAGCAGUCUUUGAAGAAGACUACGAUGACCGAAUUUAAUACACAUUUGCUUGUUGCUUCAUACAUUUGAAUUUCCACUUGUUGAAAACCAGCUGGUGGAUGCAUGACUACUGUCCCAUUAAAUGCUUUUUAUUCUCCCCGAUCUUUUCACAACUCGACCUUGAACUUUGAAUCAUGCCUCUUCCUCUCUGUAUGAUUUAGUGGACUGUUGUUAAACUUUACUGUAGUAAGUCUUCCUCUGCCUGAGUACAGCCUGCAGUGUUUCUACUUCCCCUGUAGUGUGCUUUUCUAGUGCUGGUACUGUUCUCUCGAGGCUGAACUGACAGCAGGGAAAGACUUAUUGGAAAAAAGGGCAUUUGUUUUCAUUUCUAUGUAAGAUGAAUGAAAAAAGUCUUUAAAGGGAGCUUUACUAAAACUUCCCAAACCUUCCCAUACUACUUUGUUUCCUCCUCCCCCUAACCUAAGACCUCACAUGAUUUAAAAAUGCAAAGUUGUACAAACUGUAUAUAUAGUAUAUGCAUUAGGGGACAGCAACUCUUUAUCAAACCCCUUUGUAAUCAAUAAAGUCAAAAAGUGUAGAGAAAUAAAAUUGAAAAAAAAUCAACCACUGGAUAUCAUUUUAACAAAGAUAAAGCUGUAUAUAAAUAUAAAUAUAUGUAAAAUGGCAAACUAAUAUCUUUAUGUAUAUGAACCAGAGUGUUUUGCAUUUACCUGUUUUUCUAUUAGUGUUUUUUGCUAUAAGCUCUCAGAGACAAGUUUGUUAAAAUAGGUUUGAGAAUAAUGUCUUCUCCAAUCAAUUGUGACGAGAAGCUGGUGUGAUUACAAAACUGUUUGGAUUCAUGUGGAGGGUCGGUAAUUAGACAUGAAAAUCACUUCUUGCGUAAAGCAGUACAAUGGUGCAUAGCAUUUGUAUUUAUGUAAUAUUGUUUGUGUUUAUUUUCUUUUUAUUUAUGCUACUGCUUGUUGAUUACCAAAACUUGUCCCUUAAUCGGUCACAAUUGGAUUAAUAUACUCUUGAAUGGAAAAUCUUGAAUCCCUAGAAUAUUGUUAGUGUUUCGCUUUUUUAUAUCUUCCCUAUAGAAGUGAAUGUGUUGGUAAACCUUGUGAAAUGGUUACUUGGCCUCAUGUAUGUUAUGAUGUAAUACUCAAAGUUAAUCCCAUACUUAUCCUGGUAAUGAAUUGCACUCUCAUAGUAUAACAGAGAUUUUCUCUAAAGUGGUAGAUAUUGAUCAAGUAUCCGAAGCAGUGAUAUAUAUAUUUUUUGGUAUGUUUCUAUUUCAAGGGAAGACCAUGAGACAUUAUGCCGCUCACUGGAUUUUAGCCUGAAUAAUUUUUAACUUCUCUAAAUCUUAAUUUAAGUUCUCUGCAUAUCCUAUAAUUUAAUAAAGUUUGCUCAAAUUGAAGGUUUUUUUUAACCUCACCUACUUUUUAAAAAGACGUUGCAUCUGUACAGCAGAGAUACUUUUAGGGAAUAUGAAUAAAUCUAAUGAUCAUUUUUAUUGUAUGUGGCAUGUUUUGUAUGGAUAUUAUUUUGAAUUGUACAUAUUUUUUUCAGGACGCCAGAGGUUGCAUCUCUUUAUAUACAGCUUUCCCAUUCCCCUUACCCUUCAUCUUAUUUCUUUGUCCGCUUUUGUUUCUUGUAAAGGAAAAUAAAAUGCAUUUUAAAUAUG